AUGCACUCGGCUGCUCUCGCUGCUCUGCUGAUGCGUCACCAUGACAACGCUGCCGUACAAGACGUGUUGCAACGCUUGGACAAGGACGUGCUAAUUGGCACACUCGUAUAUAGUGACCCAGCCACAGGCGGCCAUGGAUGGUACCCGCUGUCGUCAAAGACGCGCCGUAACGACGACGGCAGCAUACAGCUGAUUAAGUACGGAUCGUGGUCGACGAGCGCCGGAUUCGCCGACUUCUACGUCGCUCAGGCGGCCAGCCCGGACUUCGACGGAGACUACUCUAAUCUGUCCGUCUUCCUCGUGUUCAAGGAUGAGAUCCGUGCGAACAGCGACGAUUGGCAGGCGCUUGGUAUGCAUGGCAACCAGUCCAGCGCCAUGAUACUGGAGGCAAAGCUACCAGCUGGUCGUGUUGUCGGUCCGAUAGGCGACGGAGCGAUCUCUAACGACGAGGUCGUUGACGACCAUUCUCUUACAUUCUGAUUCCGCCGUCUGGAACG